GUUUUCGUUUUAUAUGAUAGGUACUACAGUCUAGAUUCAGCCUUGAAUAAAUUUAAUAUAUUAAAAUAUAGCCGAAUACGGAGACUUCGGUAUACUCAGCAAGCGUGUUACCAAUAGUGGGGGAGUCUAACCAGUUCACCUCUAGAAAACAGGGGAUUAAUAAAAGUAUAGAACCCCGGGGUAAUCCUCUGGGCCAAGUUUUAACUUGAAUGUUGUUCGUCUGUACCUGCCUACCUACAAUUUGAGUUCAACGGUCAACCAAUUACCUAGGUGCCCGCUAUUAAUUUAAUUAAUUAUUUAAUUAAUUAGGCCUGGAGGGAGGAACAGCUGCCCUCGAGCAAUCCAUAAAACUGGCUUACUCAACGCUGCGGAGAGUCGCCGGAGCUGUGGUCGGCGAGAUGCCCCACCGUCUACUCAGCACAACCUCUAACUCCAACCCCGCAGCCCGGCUUUCUAUCAUAUCACGACACUUAUCAGCUACUUCUCAUACUCCUAAUACUCUCAAUACUGCAACUCACCGCCGUAGCUUCUCUUCCUCUCCGUCCGUGAAUAUGUCGUCUCAGCCCGAACACUCCACCUUGCUCAUCCCGGGCCCCAUCGAGUUUGAUGAUGCUGUUCUACAGUCCAUGAGCCAUUAUAGCGAGUCUCAUGUCGGCCCAGGUUUCGUUAAUACCUUUGGCGAAGCCUUAUCCAUGCUACGCAAGCUCUUCCAGACCACCUCUUCGACUUCGCAGCCAUUCGUCAUCUCUGGGUCAGGAACUCUAGGUUGGGAUCUAGUAGCAGCGAAUCUUGUCGAGGCGGGUGAGGAUGUUCUGGUUCUGAGCUCCGGUUACUUCAGCGAUGGCUUUGCCGACUGCCUCAAGGUCUACGGCGCGAAUGUCGACAUACUCAAGGCCCCCGUAGGUAGCCGACCCCAGCUACCCGAGAUCGAAAAGGCAUUGAAGAGCAAGAAGUACAAGGUGGUCACGGUCACCCAUGUCGAUACAUCAACCGGUGUGUUGAGCGAGCUCCAGAAGCUUUCCGAAACCGUACAGAGUGUGUCACCGGAUACCUUGCUCAUCGUGGAUGGCGUUUGCAGUGUGGCCAGCGAAGAGAUUGAGUUCGAUGCGUGGAAACUUGACGGCGUCAUAACAGCAAGCCAGAAGGCCAUUGGCUGUCCUGCGGGCUUGUCUAUAUCCAUGUUUAGCGGGAAGGCAAUGGACGCAUUCAAGGCGAGAAAGAAUCCGCCAGCAUCGUACUUCGCUUCGAUGAAGAACUGGACACCCAUCAUGCAAAACUACGAAGCAAAGAAGCCGUCAUACUUUGCAACCCCGUCACCACAACUUAUCCACGCUCUUCACACAGCGUUAUCUCAAAUUCUCACGAAGCCCCUCUCUGAAAGAUUUGCUAGACACCGGGAGGUUUCAGACAAGAUCAAGCAGACCGUAAUAGAAUUGGGCUUGAAACAGGUUGCCGCCAACCCAGACGAUCAAGCGCACGGUAUGACAGCCAUCUAUCUACCUGAUACUGUCAAGGCUACCGAUUUGCUUCCCAAACUUGCCAAGAGCGGUGUCGUAUUUGCUGGCGGCAUUCAUAAAGAGAUCGCAGCAAAAUAUGUGCGUUUCGGGCACAUGGGUGUCAGCGUGACCGACCCUGCCAGAACUGACAUUGAUAAGGCGCUCGCUGCGUUGAAGAACGGUUUGGCCGACUGCGGAUAUCAGAAGGCGUAA